AUGGGUCGCCAUUCUCCGUCCUCUCACCGUCACCGGAGCAACCGCAGUAUCUCUCCUCCGCCGCCUCGAGAGAAACGACAGCAGCCUUCGAGUCGUGCACCUCGGCCAGCUUCCCGUUCACCGGAUCCUCCACCUUCUUCUUAUCACUCUCGUUCUCCUUCUCCGCGAACCAAACGGUUGAAGAAAAAUCAAUCCCAACGCGAACGCGAACCUAAACUCGAGCACGAUAGGAGCCAUGGUAGUAGCAGAGGGAGGGAUUCAGAGAGGGAAACAUUUGAGCGUAAGGAGAGGAGGAGAGCUGAGAAUGAGGAUGACGGAAUAAGGAACGGCAGGUCGUCUAGGUCGAAGCAUGAGAGGUCGCCGGAGAACCACCGCAAUGGGAGGAGCAGGCACAAGUCUCGGUCACCGCCGGCCCAGACUCAGCCUCGUGAUGAGGUAACGAAUUCAAGAGGAGCUGAAAUGAUGAAUGAAGAGGAUGAUUCCAUUAUGAAGAUGAAGGCUGCUGAAGAGGCUUUGGAAGAAAAACAGAAGGUAAAACCUUCUUUUGAGCUAUCAGGAAAACUUGCGGCUGAAACAAAUCGAGUCAGAGGUAUUACUUUAUUAUUCAACGAACCACCGGAGGCACGAAAACCUGAUAUUAAAUGGAGGCUCUAUGUUUUCAAGACUGGUGAAAUGUUGAAUGAGCCCCUAUACAUACAUCGCCAAAGUUGUUACCUAUUUGGAAGGGAAAGAAGGGUUGCUGAUGUCCCAACAGAUCAUCCCUCUUGCAGCAAGCAACAUGCUGUUAUUCAAUUUCGGCAAAUUGAAAAGGAACAACCUGACGGUACAUCAGUAAAGCAAACAAGGCCUUACAUAAUGGACCUUGGAAGCACAAACAAAACCUUCGUUAAUGAUAAUCCCAUUGAACCUCAACGGUAUUAUGAACUUAGGGAGCAAGACACUAUUAAAUUUGGUAAUAGCAGCCGAGAAUAUGUAUUAUUGCACGAGAACUCCGCUUCCUGA